UAACAAUAUCACACGUUACUAUUAUUUAACAUUUAUCGAAAUGUUUAAACUAAAUUAUAUUACAUUCAUAAAGCCCGACCGACUUCAAACAUUUUAUCUGAUGUGGACACGUUCUGAUGUUAUGAUUGACCUCCUUUAGAGAACUAUACUGAAGGCCUUUAAGUGAAGGCAAAUACACAGAAUUACGACACGAAAGAUACACAGAUUACACACAAUGGAAUGCUCCUUAAAUGAAUGCGGUGUAUGCGGUUCGGAGUCAGUUGCUGCUUUCUGCGAAAACUGUAAUUUUAGAAUUUGUAAAAAUUGUUUCCACGUGCACAAAAAGUCAACCAAGUUAUUUAAGAAUCACCGGGCUUUUUUAAUUGAAACAACUCAACCGAUUUUAGGUCAAGGUUUUGCAGGCCAUAAUUCUCGUAAGGUUUCUAAACAUAGUUCUGGUGAUAUCCAUACUCAUAAAUGCGCAACACAUGCAACAGAAAAUUUGGCUUUCUUCUGUUCAGACCAUUCAGACACUCUAUGUGGUCGUUGUGUAGUUUCAUGCCACAAAUUGUGCAAAAUAGUUGACUUGUUUGAGGUUAAUAUUGACGACGAAGAGGUUACUGCAUGCAAGUCACACUUACACGACUUGGCAGAAAAAAUUAAGCGUGCUGCAAAUAAAAUAGAUCAAAUACAACCGACAAUAAAACCUGUAAACAGGAGUUUCUUAAGGAACUUCAACAAUACGGAUAGAUGUUAACACAUGGUUUGAUUGUCUUCAAUCAAAGUGCGAAAAACAGUACAGCGAAACGUUUGAGACAAAUACUGAGCGUUUAACAAGAGUUCGAACAUCUUGCAAUGAACUUGAAAAGCGUAUUGAAGAUCACCAGGAAUUAAUUGAUAGCUUACUUACACAAAACCACGUCAAAAAAUUAUAUGUUGUACUAAACAAAAUGAAACAGGAAAUCGUAGAGAUUAAUUCAAAACUAACCUGGCUCGACACUGAAAGCAGCUUCACAGAAUUAAACUUCAAACGCAGCAGUGGCAUACAUAAGUUAUUGAAUGACAGGAUGUUUGAUAUCGGAGGCCUGGAAGAGUCAUGUUCUGGAAGUGACGAGAUAUCAGAAGGGCCACUUUCGUCAAUCACGGUUUCCUCAGAGGAAUUGAAUGAACAAUGUAUUAUAUGUAUGAAGGUAAUAUGUAACCCCAAAAAGCUAAAGUGUGGUCACAUUUUCUGUGGAGAAUGCAUCAACCAAUCACUACGUUUUAAGCAAUGGUGUCCUGCAUGUGGACUCGUAUGUGGAAAAAUCACAGGUGAUCAACCACCAGGGAAGAUGACUGUUAAACAAACACAGGGGUUUUGUACUGGAUACGAAAGAGAUGCAAAAAUUAGCAUCACAUACGAGAUUUUUGAAGGACGACAAUCGGAAUGUCAUCCAUGUCCUGGUAAAUUGUAUAAGGGGAUAAUAAAAACGGCAUAUCUCCCUGACAAUGAGCAAGGACGAAACAUUUGCAGAAUGCUUAGGGUUGCCUUUGAAAGGAAACUGGUUUUCACCAUUGGAAACUAUCGAACAACAGGCCAGGAAGGAUUGAUUACUUGGAACGCUAUCUACCAUAAGACUGACAAUCGGCCAUAUACCAAGUUUGGUUAUCCCGAUCCAACAUAUCUGGACAGUGUGACUGAUGAGCUCAAACGUAAAGGUAUUACCCUGGAUGAUAUUAACCCAUCAGAUAAGCUUGAAGGAAUCAUUACAAGUGAUUGAAUUUGUAAACUUAUGUUACUAUUAUGUUAAGGGGCAGCGCUUGACGGUUAACAACUGUAUGAUGUAAGGGUAACAACUUAUUGACGUGUGCAUUAGAACAUGAUAUCAUAUAUAUUAGCUAUGUUUGUGUACACAUAUUUGCUAGUAUUUUAAGUUAAUUUUAAGUAUUAUAAAUGUUUUGAAUUAAUGACAUCCUUGUAAAUUCAAACAUGAUUAUGUGUUUAUUCUACUGUCGCAUAUAAUGAUUUUUUCAAUGUGUUUUCUUGUUUUGGUCAACAGAUAUAAUUAUGUAAAUACAUUAAAGAUUUUCAGACUCACACACACGUUUGAAAAUUUUAGCUGAGAAAUGUAUAUGACAUUUGUAACGUGCAUGAUUUUUAUUGCAUUUGUAAUUGAGUGAAAUGAGUAUUUCCAUAUGUAAUUAAGUUAUAAGAGUUUUAUGUCGAUUGUAAAUUUUGUGUCCAUGAAAUUAUUUAGUUCAAUGAUUUUGUUCUGUAUCGUUCAAUAGCAAUUUCUUUAUGUUCGCACUGUUUUCCAAAAACCCACAAUAAUUGAAUUAUUAUAGAAUCUUGUUUGUAAAACAAUAUUCGCAAAAUCAGAUGCUAAAAUGUCUCCUGUUUACUUAACUUUUGGAUUGGUUCGUUUUUUUUUUAAAGAAGGUGGACUUGACAUAGCUUUCUGACUUAAUCAUCGUAUCGUACAGUAAACGUGAUAUAGAAACUCCAGCAGCUUACCUGCAUGUAGACAAAACAAGCUUUCUGUAUGAUAUGAUUAUAAAAUGACUCAAUUAAUAUAUUUUGUUUUAAAAUAUAUGUUUGUAUGACCAUUUUUUGUUGUGAAGUAGAUGGACCAGAUUGCAACAGAAAUGCUAGAGUUAAAUAUAUCCUGAUCAAUGAAAACGCAAUUCAAGAAUUCCUUUGUUCCAUAAUACUUAAUUCUUUAUGAUUAUUUAUUUAUACAACUUUAUUUAUUAUUUUAACAUACGAACUUUGUAAGACGAAAAUGUUUUGCGUAAGAAGUACUAUGUUCACCCCAUGCAUUUUAAACGUCUGCACAUAAUCAAACUUAUAUGACAUAUUGAGCAUCGAUUGUCGUUCAGUAGUAAACGAGAUUUACGAUAUGGCAUGAUGUUUUACGAGUGCAAUAGAAUGCUAACAUGUUUGUUUUAACUGCUCUAAUAACAUACAUACAUUUACGUAUGUAUGUAUUACAAUAUGAUAAUGAUAUAAAGCACAUUGAUGAAAGCACUUUUUGCAUAAACAUAUUUUUUACUUUCACCUUAGGAUUGAUUGGGGAAGAGGGGUUUACAUUUAACACGUUAUAGUGUAUAGAAAAUAGGAGUGUUAUUGACGUUGAUUCUUGAUUGGCUUUAUAAAUCCUAUAUGGCAUUUCACGUUGUUGCAUGUGUGAAUAACCGCGUGCAUAUAUAUCCUAUUUUACAGAUAACGGUAUAAUUUCAUGGACAUUUCUUAUUCGCUUAUUGUAUAUUCAAAUUUCAACUUAACGGAUUUCUUAACGGCUGGUAACAGAGCAUGACCAAAGUAGCUUUAUAUGUACUAUAUUCGACAUCAUUCGGUAUACAUAAACAUCUUUUAUAAAUGUAAUUAUGGACAUCAAAUUCAUUGUGUUGUAUUUUCCUAAAGACAUAAAUAGCAUUUAUCGCGAUAUCAAAUACAAUAUAUAUUUUUAUUUCUACGUCAUAUAGACAUCGGAAUGCCACGUAAAAAAUGUCUGAAUGUUUGAGAAACUGACUAGUAUGCUGAGGUUGAUGUCGUUUGCAUGCAAACCCAAGCGGUAACUGAAUGACGUCGGCAUUGUGCCUUGAAUUUCUUGCAAUUACUUUAAAUCAAGUGUAUUUAUAUCAAAUAUAUACGUUUCCAUUUGCCGUAUUUCCAUUUGCUGAACAGAAUAUGUUGUAUAGAUGUUCACUUUCGUUAGAAUAUGAACGCAUGCGGCAUAUGGUUUGUUUUUCUCUAACGUAUGUUAACACAAAGUCUAAAUAUCUGAAAGAGAUGUGCGUAAUUCAAUGGUUCAAUAUAUGAGGGGUUUUGUUGUACAUAUGGCUACAUAUUGCUACUGUUUCAUUUUAGAUGUAAUUUUUUUUAACAAUCAUACGUUGUUUAGUUAUGUUUUAAAUACAUAUGCACAACUUUCGAUUAAUAUAUAGCAUGCGUAUAGCUAUACAAGAGCUAAUGUUGAAGUAACACAGUAUGUGAAGUUUGUGUUUGUUUGUUAGAUUCGAUAUUUUAGGUUAACGUGUUCAACUUCAUUCAAAUGUGUAGUGUUUUACAUUCAGAAUGUGUUACUGCGACAUAAUAUUGUUUC